AUGGACGACAUCGAUCUCGGCGGCGGCUCAGGGAACAAGCUAGGAAGAGCGGUGAUAUACGUCGCUGGUGCUGCGACGGUGGCUGCCACCGGAUUAGCACUCUAUUCGAUAUGGCUCCAGCUCAAGAACUACCGGAAACCACUACUGCAGCGGUUCGUGGUGAGGAUUUUGUUGAUGGUGCCGUUGUAUGCGAUUACAUGUUGGCUAUCGCUGUGGAGUUUCAAACUCUCCUUCUACAUCGAACCCAUACGGGAUAUCUACGAGGCCUUUGUAAUUUACUGCUUCUUCGCCCUCCUCAUCGCCUACCUCGGCGGCGAGCGAAACCUCGUCAUCAUGAUGCACGGUCGAACCCCCAAACCCCACGCCUGGCCUCUCAACCACUUCCUCCCCCGCGUCGACAUCUCCGACCCAUACACCUUCCUCGCCAUCAAACGCGGAAUCUUACAAUAUACUUGGCUCAAGCCGAUAUUGGCGGCGGCAACGGUGUUGAUGAAGUGGGCGGAUGUGUAUCAGGAGGGGUACAUUGGGUUAGGUAGUGGGUAUUUGUGGAGUGGGUUGGUGUAUAAUGUUAGUGUUACGGUGAGUUUGUAUAGUUUGGCGAUGUUUUGGGUGUGUAUGUCGAAGGAUUUGCAGCCAUUCCGACCUAUGCCGAAGUUCCUGACGAUCAAACUCGUCAUCUUCGCCUCCUACUGGCAAGGCUUCGCCCUCGCCAUCUUUGUCUGGUUGGGAACAAUUCAUCAGGUGGGCGGGUACACCCCCGACAACAUCGCCCGCGCAAUCCAGGAUGCACUAAUCUGUUUCGAGAUGCCCAUGUUCGCAAUCGGACACUGGUACGCGUUCUCCUACAAAGAUUACUGCGACCCAACUAUCUCCGCCGCUCGAAUGCCGGUGUACUACGCCCUUCGCGACGCGUUCGGGGUGCGGGACUUGGUGCAGGACUCGAGGGACACGCUUCUUGGUGAACGCUACGGCUACCGCGCCUUCGAACCCGGAGAAGUCGAAAUCCUCCCCGGCGCAGACGCCCGCUGGGCCCGACAAAUGGAAGGUCUCCGUUACGAAAAAGGUGGGAAAUCCAAGUAUUGGAUCCCUAAACCCCCUGUCGUCAACUCGCGUACUGCGCUAUUGGGUGCAGUUGGUGGUGCGGAGAGGUGGAGGAAGGGGAGGAAGGGGCGGCAGGUGUUGGUUGAGAGUGAGCUGGAGUUUGAGGUUGAUGAGAGGGUUGAGCGGUUGUAUCGGGAUGCGAAGGGGUUGGAGUUUGGGGAUUAUAACUAUCCGGUGAUUGAGGUUCAUAACGGACCGAUUAGCCAAUUCGUCAAUAGCCGAGGCAACCUACAACACCCUACGACUUCGACACAUGCGGCACUUCUCAAAGGAAAGGGACGGGCAGAUAACCCGGAACGGUUACCGCGACCUUCGUCGCAUCGGCAGUCGAGUACGCAGUCUGGGUCCUCUACGUCAUCGGCUAGGGAGGGGUUGGUGGAUUUGGUCGUUGAGGACCGUGAUGAAGAAGAACGGGAACGCGUAAGAGCGAGAAAGGAGGGUCGGGCAUGGGAUGAGGACCGGAAGUUUUACCGGAGGGUCGAGGAAGGACAUCGUUCGCGGUCUCGUUCGACCGCUACUCAAGAUCGUGAGGAUUCGAGAUUAGUGAGUACGGAGGAGGAAUUAGAAAGUGCACGGGAAGUCGAGGAAGAGGAGAUUGUGGUUGAGAGUACGGGGAUUGCGCCGCUGGGCCCUGCGGGGGAGAUGAGGGGUGAUGGGAUGCCGCAGGGGAGUUAUGAUCCUUUUACGAUUGUGAGCAGUGAUGAGGAGGAAGAAGAUAAUGGAGAGAGCAGUAAGAAGAAUGGGAGUGAGCAUGGGCAGCAUGGAUUGAUACAUUGUCAGUAUUCGUCUAGUUUGGCACCGGAGAGGAGUGUCUGGGCACGGGAUGAGAUCUGA